CUUAACCUACAAUUCCACACAGACGUGUAGACACACCGUCAUCAUACACACGUCUGUGAACCCCUUAAUCUUCAUACACUCACCAUUCAUCACAUUCACUCUAAAUCAAUCACUCAAUCACCUCGCGUGCGCCAUAUCAAUAGUUCGUUUCCGGCAUGCGUUUGAGAUGCAACGUGCGCGCGACCUCAUAGUUUUAUUCAGUGAGUGUUAUUUCCCCUUACGGCUGUUUCACGUAAAACACAGGACCCUUAUUGACCGUCCCCGGUUAUACGUGGCGCCCAGCGUUCGGAUUGUGUUGUGAGAUAGUGUAGUGAGUGGAAAUCGCGUGCGAGAUGCCACCCAAAAAAGACAUGGCUGCCGCUGAUCUUAAUACCGAAAACGGUGCGAAGAUUGACAUCUUCGACGUCAGCUACACCGGAGCCAUCUUUUAAUUUGACGAUGCCACAAGAAUACCUAACUAUGUUGUUGCAACAAAUGCAACAAUCACACAACGAAUUGUGUGAGAAGUUAGUGACGGCGACUCAGGCUACAACGCAUCAACGUGACAGACAUUUUGCCGGUUGCAAACUCAGCUUUAGCGGAGCUAAAGAAUCCGUUGAAGACGCCUUAGAGGUUUUUAUCGAUGGUAUUCAGACAUACAAAGAUUGUGCUAAUAUAUCCGAUGAAAAUGCAUUACGGGGAUUGUCAUUUUUAUUCACCGGUCUCGCGGCAACGUGGUGGAAUGGUGUUCGUAAAAACGUCAAAACGUGGAACGAGGCCAUUGCCGACCUACAACAUGCAUUUGGCAAACGGAAAGCACCUUUCCUCAUAUUUCGAGAGAUAUUUCGAGAAGAACAAAGUGACGAAAAGACAGAAAUUUUUAUAUGUAAAACUCGUGCAUUGAUAGCUCAGCUGCCAUAUUCGUUAGAGGAAACCAUUCAAAUCGACAUUGUCUAUGGCUUGUUAAACCGGCGGAUCCGGAAACGAGUCCCUCGCGAAAGCGUCACAUCGUUCAACGAUCUACUACGGAAAACUCGAUCGGUCGAAGACUCAUUGGUCGAAAUGAACGAGACGAAUGGAACGACGUCCGCGAAUGUGCCAAACGUCAACGUCAACGCUGUCAAUGGCCGAUCUGUCACUCGACAUGUAGGAAAUAACGUUAACGACCGAAAUCCCGAAAAUAAGUCAACAAAUACCACUUGCAAUCAUAGUGAUGUCCCAGGAUUUGUUGAUGACCGCGGCCGCCACUGCCGCUAG